GUUAUGGGUAACCCGCGCUUGUGUGAUCCUUUAAUCCUCUGCUGCCGCCUCUCGGAAACUGUCGCUUCUGUUUGCCGUUGCUUUUAAAACAUUCUAGUUAUCUGCUCUGUAGGGUUUUACAGUUUAGGGGUUUUUGUUCUCAGCAAAACCCUUUCUACACUGUUCUCAGCAAGAAGAAGAGAUGAAUAGGGCGAGAACCGAAGGCAUAACCUUCACGAAGGAACCGUUCCUCGAGGAUGCAGGGCCACGCAGGAUUAAGAACAUGAAGUUCUCUUCGUUAUCAGAGUCGGAUAUAAGCAAAAUAGGUGAAGUUCAAGUUUAUAAAGGCUCCUACUAUGAUUCCCUUAAAAAGCCUAUCCAUGGUGGCUUGUUGGAUCCUCGCAUGGGCCCUGCUAAUAAGAAUCUUGUCUGUGCAACAUGCCAUGGGAACUUUCAUGACUGUCCUGGGCACUUUGGAUACUUACACCUUGCCCUUCCUGUUUUCAAUGUUGGAUAUUUAAGUGCCAUUGUGGAAAUACUGAAGUGCAUUUGUAAGGGCUGUGCUCGGAUUCUCCUUGACGAAGAUACCUGUAGAAAACAUUUGAAGAGAAUGAGAAGUUCCAAAAGGAGUGAUCUGGAUAAGUCUGAUUUUGUGAAACUUCGUAUAAUUAAAGAUUGUAGCAAAGUUGUGAAUUGCCCAAGAUGUGGAUAUGUCAACGGUUCAGUAAAGAAGGUUCCGGGUUCCCUGACCAUCAUGCAUGAUUGCUCAAAAUGUAGAAAUGAUAUUAUUGAAGAGCUUGAAUUAGCACUUUCUCGUACAAAAGACUCUAGGACAACCGCCAAUGUGUCUACCCAAUUUCUUAACCCUUUCCAAGUUCUUUCCCUUUUUAAAAGGAUGACUGACGAGGACUGUGAAUUACUUUAUGUUGCUGAAAGACCAGAGAGACUCAUAAUAAAAAACAUUAUUGUACCACCUAUAGCUAUUCGACCUUCAGUUGUAAUGGAUGAAUCGCUGAGCAAUGAAAAUGACAUAACAGAGAGGCUUAAGAACAUAAUCCAAGCAAAUGCUGUUUUGCGCCAGGAAUUACAAGAAUCAAGUGUUUCAUCUAAAUUUCAGGUUGGUUGGGAUACGCUUCAAUACGAAGUUGCUCAAUUUAUAAAUAGUGAUGUUCGUGGUAUACCAUUCUUUUUGCAAUCAGCCAAGCAAUUGGCUGGUCUUGUUCAGCGCAUGAAAGGGAAGCAGGGACGUAUCCGUAACAACUUAUCUGGGAAACGUUCUGAAUAUACUGGCAGGACGGUUAUUUCACCGGAUCCUAAUCUGAAGAUUACUGAGGUUGCAGUACCCAUUCAUAUGGCUCGUAUAUUGACUUAUCCUGAGCGUGUUACACAUCACAACAUAGAAAAGUUGAGACAGUGUGUUAGGAAUGGUCCUGAUAAGUAUCCUGGUGCGAGGAUGCUUAAACGUGAUGGAGGUCAUUCAUGGUCCUUGAAAGUUCGUUGUAGGAAGCUUGCUGCAGAUGAAUUAAGGAUUGGUGAUAUUGUUGAUCGCCAUUUGGAAGAUGGAGACGUUGUUCUUUUCAAUAGACAGCCAAGCUUGCAUCGGAUGUCAAUAAUGUGUCACAGGGCAAAGAUUAUGCCUUGGAGAACCUUAAGAUUCAAUGAAUCGGUAUGUAACCCAUAUAAUGCUGACUUUGAUGGUGAUGAGAUGAACUUACAUGUCCCACAGACUGAGGAGGCACGUGCAGAGGCUAUUUUGUUGAUGGGGGUGCAAAACAAUUUGUGCACACCAAAAAAUGGCGAAAUUCUAGUUGCUUCUACUCAAGACUUUUUAACCUCUUCCUUUCUAAUAACCAGGAAAGAUACUUUUUAUGAUCGUUCUACCUUUUCACUUAUUUGCUCAUACAUAGGGGAUGGCAUGGAUCCUGUUGAUUUGCCAACUCCUGCAAUUGUUAAGCCAGUUGAACUUUGGAGUGGUAAGCAGUUAUUUAGUAUUAUACUGCGGCCUCAUGCAAAUAUGAGAGUCUAUGUGAAUCUUACUGUUAUUGAGAAGGAAAUGUACACAAGAGUUGAUAAGGGGAAAAGAGAAUUGAAAUCAUUGUGUCCGAAUGAUGGGUUUGUCUAUUUUCGUAAUAGUGAGUUGAUCUCUGGACAAGUUGGAAAGUCUACUUUAGGAAAUGGCAAUAAGGAUGGACUGUUCUGUGUGCUACUGAGAGACUAUAAAGCACAUGCUGCUGCAUCUUGCAUGAAUCGUUUGGCUAAAUUGAGUGCGCGAUGGAUAGGCAAUCAUGGGUUCUCGAUAGGCAUUGAAGAUGUCCAGCCAAAAGAGACACUGAUCAGAAGGAAAGAUGAAACAAUUUCAGUUGGUUAUGGGAAAUGUGAUGGUCAUAUAGAAGAAUUCAAUAAAGGAAAACUAAAAGUCAAAGCUGGUUGUGAUGCUGCUCAAUCUUUGGAGGGUGAGAUUUCUGAUGUAUUAAGUGGAAUACGUGGUGCGAUAGGGAAGGUUUGCAUGCAAACCCUUCACUGGAGAAAUAGUCCAUUGAUCAUGACGCAGUGUGGCUCCAAAGGAUCUGCCUUGAAUAUCUGUCAAAUGGUUGCCUGUGUUGGUCAACAGAUAGUUGGUGGUCGUCGUGCUCCAAAUGGGUUCAUAGAUCGGAGCCUUCCUCAUUUCCCUAGAAGAGAAAAAACCCCUGCUGCUAAAGGAUUUGUUGCUAAUUCCUUUUACAGUGGAUUGUCAGCUACUGAGUUUUUCUUCCAUACAAUGGCAGGGCGAGAAGGGCUUGUUGAUACGGCGGUUAAAACUGCUGACACUGGAUAUAUGUCUCGUCAAUUAAUGAAAUCCUUAGAGGAUUUGUUUUUACAUUAUGAUUACACUGUAAGAAAUGCUGGUGGUUCUAUUGUUCAAUUUUGCUAUGGAGAUGAUGGCAUGGAUCCAGUAGCCAUGGAAGGAAAAGAUGGAAAACCAUUAAAUUUUGAGCGUUUGUUUCUUAAAAGCAAGGCGACUUGUCCCAGUGAUGAAGAUGAUGAAAUUUUAUCUUCCUCAGACAUGUGUAAAGUAGUUCAUGAAAAGCUCUCAGAAUUUAGUAUGUCUAGGUUGGUGGAAAAAGGAGUUCUAGAGGAUGAUAUACUAUCCUUUAUCAAAAAAAGUACAAAAUUAACGGAAGCAGCUAUCACCAAUGACAUUUCUCAAAACCUGAAAAAAUUUGGGCAGAGAAUAUCUGGGACCACUCGUAGACAACUAGAGGUUUUUCUGGAUACUUGUCUAUCGCGUUACCUAUCAAAAAAAGUGGAGGCUGGAGCUCCAGUUGGUGCAACUGGAGCUCAUAGUAUUGGAGAGCCUGGGACCCAGAUGACUUUGAAAACUUUCCACUUUGCUGGACUUGGAAGCAUGAUGAAUGUUACUGGUGGAGUUCCUCGUAUCAAAGAAAUAAUAAAUGGCAACAAAAAGAUCAGUACACCAAUUAUCAUUGCACAACUUGAGAGAGAAGAUGAUGAAAAUAUUGCAAAAAUAGUAAAAGGCCGAAUAGAAAAAACAAAUUUAGGCCAGGUUGCAAAAAGUAUAAAAGUUGUUAUGACUUCAAGAUCAGCGGCAAUUGUUAUAACCCUUGACAUGAAAAGGAUCGAAAAUGCACAUCUAAAUAUAGAUGCUAAUAUUGUAAAAGAAUCAAUUUUACGCACUAAAAAGACGAAACUGAAGCCAGAGCACAUCAAGAUUUUAGAUAUUAAAAAGCUUGAAGUUGUUCCCCAAGAUGCUGAUAGAAGUAAAAUCCACUUUCAGCUUAAUUAUCUAAAAAAUUUGCUACCGUCAGUUGUAGUAAAGGGAAUUAAAACUGCAGGUCGUGUUGUUACCAAUAAAAAAAAGGAUAAAGAGACUGGGAAAGAAACUGGAAAGAUGGAAUUACUGGUGGAAGGCACGGGCUUGCAAGAGGUUAUGGGAGUUGAUGGGGUUGAUGGACGUAAUACUGUUACUAAUCAUAUCCAUGAAGUGUGGAUCACACUGGGAAUUGAAGCUGCCAGAAAAUGUAUUGUUGAUGAGAUUAUGGAAACAAUGAAAACAAUGAAAAUAGACAUACGCCAUAUGAUGCUUCUAGCAGAUGUGAUGACUGCCACGGGUCAUAUCCUCGGAAUAAAUAGAUUUGGAAUUUCAAAGAUGGGUAAAAGUGUAUUGAUGCUUGCAUCAUUCGAGAGGACAGCGGAUAUUCUUUUUCAGGCAUCUGUUCGUGGGAGGGAUGACUCUAUUGGUGGAGUAAGUGAAUCCAUAAUCAUGGGUAUACCAAUUCAGAUAGGUACAGGAAUGAUCAAGGUCAAACAAAGGUUGGAUAUUCCAGAGUUGCCACAUGGAGCCAGUCCUAUUCUAUCUUGAAUUUGAAAUUGCAUAUAUUGCAGCAAGAAUGUGGAUCAUCCUUGUUGGUGUGCAUUGGAUGUUGUCAACUUAUGUCGGGGAAUUCACUCAUAAUUUGCCAGAAACAA